CCUUCCUGUGCCGCCGUAGCACUGAUAAACACUGACAAACAGCUGUUCCGUUAGUGUUAUGUUACAGAGCUCACGUGUGAGAUUUGACUGCGUGUAGUAACCGAGUUUUGAAGCAGAGACUAAUUUCCACCACCAAUAACACAAUGGAGUCCGUUAUAGUGAUAAAACCUGGGGCGUCGAAAUGGGACAUUCGUCAGAAAGUUUGGGACUACAUCGAGGACAAUAAUCUGGCCAACUUCCCAAGGCCUGUUCACAACAGAAUCCCAAACUUCAAGGGUGCAAUUCAAGCAUGCAACAGGCUUGUAGACCUGCAGGAGUUCAAGUCCAGCCAGACAGUCAAAGUAAACCCAGACAGACCCCAGCAGCAGGCACGCUUUGUCACUCUGGAAGCGCAGAAAACUUUAUUGGUCCCAACUCCUCGUCUUCGUACUGGUCUUUUCAAUAAUAUUACUCCUCCCCCGGGAGCCAGCAAGGAACAGCUACGCAUCUGCUCCUCCUCUCAGGGUGUGAAAGAUUUCAGUGUGCCAGUUGGCCUGGAUGCGAAGGUGAAGGUAGACCUGGUGGUGGUUGGCUCUGUGGCGGUGUCAGAGAAAGGCUUUCGGAUUGGAAAAGGAGAGGGCUUUGCUGACAUGGAGUAUGGCAUGAUGGCCUCAAUGGGAGCUGUGAAUGACUCUACUGUGGUGGUUACUGUUGUGCACGACUGCCAGGUGGUGGACAUUCCAGAGGAGUUAAUAGAAAGUCAUGAUGUGACUGUGGACUACAUCCUCACACCCACCAGAGUUAUUAAAACAGACUGCAAGCACCCUAAACCACAGGGAAUCAUCUGGACUAAGCUGGACACAGAAAAGCUGGAGAGGAUCCCCAUCCUGAAGAAGCUGCGUGCUCUGGAGGAACAGGCUGGAAAGGAUGUAACACUGGGGGCGGUGCCUGUUCCAGCAGAGCCCGGUCUGCAGAGUGGUCAACCCAGAAGGCAAACCAGACGGAGGCCAAGGCAAAACACGCAGCAGGAUGCUGAGGGGGAAUCCAAACAGGAGAAAAGAGCAGAGUCAGAACAGAAAGCCAGACAGCGCCCAGCUCGAGUGAGGAAAGAAAGCAGGGGAGAUGGCGGGGGAGGUAAAGAGGGGGAAAUCAAUGAGAGAGGAAAGGGAAGACGAGGACGGAACAUGAAGGAGAAGGGCCCAGAGGAGGCUCUGAGUGAAGUCAUGUCUCAACGUAAGCUCCCUCUCAGUGUGACCACAGUUUACCUGGGGGGUAUCCCUGCUGGGCUGCGUGUUAGUGAGCUGAAAACUGCCCUCAGAGAGAGGGAGGCUGCUCCGCUGAGGCUCACCUGGCAGGGAGCUCAACACAGGGCCUUCCUGGACUACAUCGACCCUCAGGCUGCGGAGCAGGCCUUGGAGGCUCUGCAGGAUCUCAGUCUGAAUGGUCACAGUCUGCAGGCUGAGCUGGCCAAGAGCCAGCGGGGAGGGAGGAGGUCCGGAGACUCCAAUAGGAGACCAGGAGGACCAUCAGCAGCUCCAAAAACUAAACCACCACCAGAAACUAAGAGUGACAGCAAUGAAAUGACUGAGCAGUAAUAGCAACAGGCAAUACGCUAAAUGACGUUAAAUUCCUUAAGGAGAGUUUUGUUUGUUUGUUUUUAAUAUAUAUUACCUCUAAAGUGACUGCUAAGGCUAAUGAGCUUAACAAAAUAUUGCAAAUAUGCAAUGGCUGAAUCCCAGCAUCAUAAAACAUUUCACUGGAAAAGUGAUUUGUACAUAUCAUUUCUCUAUACUUAACCACAUCUAUGUGCCUUGUUUAUUCACACACACCUGCUGGUCUGUGUGUCCUGAGAGCCUUCAUUCUUUGAAGGCAUUUUUUGAGAACUUCUUUGAGAAAAAUGUAGACUUUUAUUAAAAUAUAAGUGUUGAGUAAAUUUAAAAAAUAAGUGUUCAGUACUCCACCAAGAAACUCAUUUUUUUAGACCUGUGUGUCUGCUUGUCAGUUAUCUCAAAAACAUCAAAAACUAAGGCCAUGGGCCAAAGAGCUGUUUUUGUUACAGAUAGCACCACCAUGUGGUCAUUUAAUCAGCUCGUACAAUCCUGAUGAGUCCUGAGCCAUUAAGCCUAGUAGAACAAUAAAUAAUAUUAUAUAAAUUAUAAAUUCCUUGCUCUAACAUUUAUGUAUCCACAUAACCUAGGCCAAACAGACCCUUUUUUUUUUUUUUUUUUUUACAAAACAUUUUUCAUCACUUCACAAAAAAUAUUAAAAAAAAAUUUACCCUUAAAAACAUUAUUAGUCUAUUCCAUUGCCAAAUUGUGAAAAAGAUACGACAUAAAUUAUGAGCAGUUUCAACCAAAUUUGGAAGACGUGAACAUAUUCCCAAUUGUUAGGCUAUUUUGAAUACAGACGACGUCGUGAUGAUCCUGACUCAGUUGAAAAUUUGCACAAUACGUCCUUGCACAUAACCCAGGAAGGUAUUUUCUAAAAAUUAACGCGAUUGAUUAUCAGUGUGUUUUGACUAAGAUCUGGAUUUAUUUUAUUUAUAUUUAUUUAUUUAAAAACAACAUAUUUAUAGGUUUGUGCAACCUCAUUGGAGCUUUGCUUUUUGAUUUCUUAGGUUCAUUUUUUUUCAGAAUAUUUUGAAAAUAGACAUUGUACCUCCUUAUUGAUGAAACCAUGUAUUCUGUCUGGUUGAGUCAGGUGAUAUGAGGCCAGCCUCACUAUUUAACGGAUAAGAUUUGCUACCGUGCCUGAAAAAAGUCUUGCAGUGUUAAAGCAUCUGUUUGUAAAAUGUUAUAAUGUUCUCUACUAAAACGUUUGACUGUA